GUUGAACAAUGGUAAAAUCCCUUCUGUGGGUCUCGGGUAUACCUUAUGACACUACAAUUUGUGCGCGACGCGCGCGUGAUGUAUACGCGUGCGGGUUGCGCCUCUCCCCUCACAAUGGCUACGACUCUUUCAUCCAAACUCCAAAACAUGAAUCUGGAAGAGACAAAGGAUGAAAUAGAUCCGCCUGAGGGUCACCUCACCUUCCGUUACAUGUUUGAACACGAGCCCUUCGAAACCCUUCCCUUCGAAUACUUCCCAUGGAAGGAAGUUGAUCACUAUCCACCAAUUUUCGACUACGGCGUCGCCCUUACCACAGAAGAAAUUCAGGAAUAUGCACGUCGGGAAGUUUUUGUCGAAGGGCGCAAACCUCCUUGCGAUUACUGUGACGUUCUUCAUGGUGUGUUACGAAAAUUGAAUAACGAAUUCGGGUUGGAGCCUGGACGGAGGAUCAAUAUCGGUGUCCCUCACACAAAGAUGGGGAAUGUAGUGUUAUUAAAGUUCCUCGACAACUAUGUGUGUCUGUUGUCAGGGGAAAAGGUGGACUUUGUUACUGAUGGGCUGAAGAAAGCAUUUGGGAAGGUGCCGAAGUGGUUUUUGAGUCAUAAUAAUGAGCGGUUCAAAAAGAACUAUAACGUUCCUGAUUGGAAAAUCGAUAGAUGGGAGGCACAAUUAAAGAAAGAAGGAAAAAUCUGACCCACCAUAUACACCCUUUCCACUCGUAAUACAUAUAUGCCGUCGUGUUUUCAUUGCUAUCUCGCCACCCUCGCACGUAUUCGUGUUCCAAUUGUACUUAUAGGUAACCUCUCGCCGUUAUUUCCAUUACUUUUUCCAUUUGUUUGAAACCUUUCAGAAUGAAUCAGUGUGUAAUACUUCGUCGCUUGUCUUGCAACACGAUAGAGCGACCGGGUCA